AUGCGAUCGUUCUUGAUCCUCUUCGGCAUCAUUCAUGCCUUCGCAUCUCCUCUAGCUGCGCCCAUCGUCAACCUCGACAUCGGGGCCUUUCGUGGUUCGAGUGACAAUGGCAGCGACGUCUUCCUUGGGGUCCCAUACGCCCAACCACCUGUAGGACGUCUGCGCUUCGUAACACCUCAGGCGAUUACUACGAGGACAAGCGGCAUACGCAAUGCUCUACAGUUCGGUAACGCAUGCCCACAACCACCCGAUGAUGAGGAUCUGGGGGCACCGGUCGGCGAGGACUGUCUGUUCUUGAACGUAUGGCGACCCGAGGGCACGAAAGAGGGCGCCGACUUGCCUGUACUCAUGUGGAUCCACGGCGGUAUGUUCGUUGAGGGCGCAGGGUCAGAUCCUACUACCCGCGGCGAACACAUCGUCGGGCGCAGCGUAGACAUUGGCAAGCCCAUCAUAUUCGUGUCCAUCAACUAUCGCCUGAACACAUUCGGCUUUCUCGCCAGUACCCAUGUACCUGUUCAAGACUUGAAUGCCGGGCUGCAAGACCAGGCCGCGGCUCUCAAGUUUUUACAAAAGAAUCUUCGCAGCUUCGGUGGCGAUCCCGAGAAGGUGACGAUCUGGGGCCAGUCUGCCGGAGCAGGCAGUGUGGCAUCGCAGAUCAUCUACGGCCCUUCUGGACUCUUCCGAGCGGGGAUCAUGGAUUCGGAUACCGGACCAUUCAAGAACUCGCCGCCGCCGAGCACGUAUGAUCUCCCCGGCUUUCCCUUUGACGUGACGGCCAGGGAAGUGGGUUGUACCCCAGGCCCGGCCGUUUUCGAGUGCUUGCAGAAGGCACCCUUCGAGACAUUGUUGAAUGUCAGCAACACCCAUCAGUUGGCGACGCUCAAUCAGCAGUUCUGGCAACCGACGCCCGCGCCGGGUAACUUCAUCAACGAGCGCGCAUCAACUAGAAUAGUCGCCGGGCAAUUCUUGGAUGUACCCAUGAUCAUUGGCACCAACCUGAACGAGGGAACCACCUUCUCGACGUCUCUACUCGGCCAGAAUCUGACCGGAACCGCACAACUCAACGCCUUCGACGGUUUCGUGAGAGCAUCCGCGAUCGACUCGAGCAAGAUCACCUCCGAUGUUUUAUCCCGCAUUCACCAGCUUUACCCCGCUUCGCCGCCCAGUCUUCCGCAUGCCACAGGCGACGAGCUAUUCGACCGCGCAGCGGCAUGGUACGGAGACAACAUGUUCCUCGCCGCGCGUCGUCGCUUCGUCGACGCUGCGAGCAAGAAACAGAACGUAUGGGCGUACCACUUCCGGGAGCUUGUACCAGGAAACGAUCCGACACUGGGCGUGUUCCAUUCUUCUGAACUUAACUUGCUCUUUGGGUCUGCUGCGACGGGCAUCGAGAAAGACUUUGCUGAUACUUAUCUCGACUUCUAUAUCAACUUUGUCCAUGAUCUCAACCCUGGCGCGAGUUGGCAACGAUUCACGCCAGACAGGCAGGCUGUGAUUCAACUCAAGCGGGACAAUGUCACUAUGAUACCAGACGACUUCCGCACGGAGUUCACAUCCUUUGAGAACCUGCCUGAGUUAUUGAACGAGUGGGAGAAAUGA